AUGACGGAAAACAUCGACGUUGUUGCGGACGCGGCUCCCGUUUCGCCUCCAGAUGACGUGCAAUUGACCAUUCGUCAGGCUUAUCAGGCUGAAAGCGAUCUCGUGUUCACGUGCCCGCUCAACUGGACCAUCAAGCAGGUCAAGGAGCACGUCAGAUCUUGCUGUGACAACCAUCCGGUCAGUCCCUCAACGCUACGAUGCAUUUUUCAGAUAUCAUCAUUCUAAUCACUGUAGUUUUCAAUUUUCAACGCAAUUAUUUAUUUCAGGCUAUCUCUUCACAACGCUUACUUUUCUACGGAGCUUGCCUUCAGGAUGAAAUGAUUCUCUCGAACAUUUUGAAAGAGAGGUUAGAAAAAUUUAUAUCGGGUCUUUUUUUAACAAAACUUAUCAGUUUCAGAAGCCACAUCUCUGGAGAGCAAAUCUUCUUCCAUUUGGUGAUCGCACAACCAUAUCAAGCCACUCCAGCGCCAGCAGAGGUCCGCAGAAGAAAUGUGAAUGCAGCUGGACAUAACCCGAGUUUCGUCUUGCCGCAGAAUUCCCAAUACGUGGAAAACAUUUCUGCUUGGCAGGAGUAUUGGUCGGCUUACAAUCGAUUGACACCGGAGGCUCAGUACGAAGAAAAUCAGAGACUGAUGACUCAUUACUAUAGCUACGCGAUGGCAAAUGCGGCUCACGUGACUCCGUUGGUUGCUCCGGUUGGCGUCCAGCCUCAGGCGGCCGCGUGGCUUGCCAGACUCGGUCGGGUGCGAGUUGAGGUGGCGGCGAAUGUAGGGAACAAUCAGGCCGGAAACAACAAUCAGGGCAGAGUGGACCUUCUGGAGUUCGCAUAUCGCAUCUUCAAGCUCGUUCUUCUAUUCUCCGCAAUCCUUCUGUACUCUUCGUUCGAACGCUUUGCCGUCGUUCUCUGCGCGGCGCUCUUCAUCUACUUCAUCCAACUUCGUCGCAAUCAUGCUCGUAACAGAGCCCAGGCUGCUGCAGCGGCUCCUGCUCCGGCCGGAGCUGCAGGUCAACCUGCCAACAAUCAGGAAGCACAUGUGAACAACAACAAUAACGGAGAAAAUGAAGGAGAGAAUACGGUACACAUCUUAUUUUGCUGAAGAUUUGCUGAAUUUUUAUUUUCAGGCUCCGCCGGCAGAAGGAGACGCGACUGUUGCGUCCGAUGCGCCCGUCGCUGAGGUUCCGGCAGUUCAACAGACCGGAAUGCAACUAUUCAUCGCCACUUGCUACUCGUUCGUCACCUCGUUCUUCGCUUCGCUCGUUCCCGAUCACCCUAUGCCGAUGGAUCUUAAUUAA